AUGGGUCUUAAAGAAGAUAAAUUAAUCAAAAAGAAGAAAAUGAUAAAUGAGAUUGCUAGAUAAUAUUUUGAAAUAAUUUAGCAACACAAUGACAACCUAGAAAAUUUAAGGACUAAAUUAACAUCUGCUUUUGAAAUAAUGAUUGAUGCCAAUAAAAAUUGGUAGAGAAUUGAAUUUAAAAAUAAGAUUCCUAUAUUUAUAGCUUAAUUGAUGGAUCAAAUGAUUAAAUUAGGAAUAGAUAAUAAUAUAUUAUAUAUAUUUGCAUACAUUUUAAUUUGA